UUUCAAUAUGAACAAUAUCGUCUGCUCUGAGAGGCACCAGAUUAUGAUGCAUGAUUAUCACAGAAGAAAUUCAUGUCUAUAGCUCUUAAGGACUUUAUUACAUCAUCUUCAAGCCUGAUAGUUUUGGAAUCCAUAUUGUAGCCGCAAGACCCACGUCUGCUAUUGCAUUUCAACAAACAUCUUCCCUGUCAGAAGAUACUGCAACUGAAGUUAAAAAUCUGUUUUAACACAGUGAUACCAUUGGAUUAAUUUCAGAUCCUCCAGUUAAAAAUUAACAGUGAUAUAUUUGCCAGUCAGACCAACACCAAAAUGAUUCCUAAUGGGUAUUUGAUGUUUGAGGAUGAAAACUUCAUUGAAUCAUCUGUUGCCAAACUAAAUGCCUUACGUAAAAGCGGUCAGUUCUGCGAUGUCCGUCUCCAGGUAUGUGGCCAUGAGAUGUUGGCACAUCGAGCUGUGUUAGCUUGCUGCAGCCCCUACCUGUUUGAAAUCUUCAACAGUGAUAGUGAUUCUCAUGGGAUCUCCCACGUGAAAUUUGAUGAUCUCAACCCAGAGGCUGUUGAAGUUCUGCUCAAUUACGCCUAUACUGCUCAGUUAAAAGCUGAUAAAGAAUUGGUGAAGGAUGUAUACUCCGCAGCAAAGAAGCUGAAGAUGGAGAGAGUUAAGCAGGUCUGUGGUGACUAUUUGCUCUCCAAGAUGGAUGUUCAGAGCUGCAUCUCUUACCGGAACUUUGCAAGUUGUAUGGGAGACUUGCGUUUGUUGAACAAGAUCGAUGGCUACAUUCAGGAACACCUUUUGCAGAUUUCAGAACAGGAAGAAUUCCUCAAACUUCCACGGCUAAAGCUUGAAGUCAUGCUGGAAGACAAUGUUGGCCUACCCAGCAAUGGCAAAUUGUACACAAAGGUAAUCAACUGGGUCCAACGCAGUAUCUGGGAAAACGGAGACAGCCUGGAAGAGCUCAUGGAAGAGGUUCAAACGCUGUACUACUCAGCUGAUCACAAGCUGCUUGAUGGAAAUCUGCUAGAUGGACAGGCUGAGGUGUAUGGCAGUGAUGAUGACCACAUUCAGUUUGUGCAGAAGAAGCCACCACGUGAGAAUGAUCACAAGCAGAUCAGUAGCAGCUCCUCUGGAAGCCUUUCUCCAAAUGCUACUGCUCAGAGUCCUAAACAUGACUGGAAAAUCAUUGCUUCAGAGAAGACGUCGAGUAACACCUACCUGUGUCUGGCUGUUCUGGAUGGUGUGCUGUGUGUGAUAUUCCUGCAUGGCCGCAACAGCCCCCAGAGCUCUCCCACGAGCACACCACGACUGCUGAAGAGCCUGAGCUUUGAGCUCCAACCAGAUGACAUCAUUGAGAAGCCCAUGUCUCCCAUGCAGUACGCUCGCUCGGGGCUUGGCACUGCUGAGCUCAGUGGCAAGCUCAUCGCUGCAGGUGGCUACAACAGGGAGGAGUGUUUGCGCACAGUGGAGUGCUAUGACCCGCAGAAGGACACCUGGACCUUCCUUGCACCAAUGAGGACACCAAGAGCUCGGUUCCAGAUGGCAGUUUUGAUGGGGCAGCUGUAUGUGGUGGGCGGGUCAAAUGGCCACUCAGAUGACCUGAGCUGUGGAGAGAUGUACGAGCCAGAGAUAGAUGACUGGACUCCUGUUCCAGAGCUGAGGACCAACCGCUGCAACGCAGGAGUCUGUGCCCUGAAUGGGAAGCUGUACAUUGUUGGUGGCUCAGAUCCUUACGGCCAAAAGGGACUGAAGAACUGUGACGUGUUUGAUCCUGUUACAAAGUCCUGGACGAGCUGUGCCCCCCUCAAUAUCCGGAGACACCAGUCUGCAGUGUGUGAGCUGGGGGGGUACCUGUACAUCAUUGGAGGAGCGGAGUCCUGGAAUUGCCUGAGCAGUGUGGAGCGCUACAACCCAGAGAACAACACCUGGACCCUGAUGGCACCCAUGAACGUGGCUCGGCGAGGAGCUGGGGUGGCAGUUCGUGACGGCAAACUCUUUGUGGGUGGUGGCUUCGAUGGCUCCCACGCAGUGAGUUGUGUGGAGAUGUAUGACCCUGCUCGCAAUGAGUGGAAGAUGAUGGGAAGCAUGACCACCCCCAGGAGCAAUGCUGGCAUCACCACGGUGGCAAACACUAUUUAUGCUGUCGGGGGGUUUGAUGGCAAUGAAUUCCUGAACACAGUUGAAGUCUACAAUCCAGAGGCCAAUGAGUGGAGUCCGUACACAAAAAUUCUCAAGUUCUAAGUGAAUUAAAUUGCCCUUUUCAAACUAACAGGCUUAGUGAUGUAAUUGUGUUUUCAGUAGAGGUACAGAUGUGAAUAGGGGUGGGGAGAGGGCAGAGAGGUUGCCAACAGCAACACAGAGCUUUUGCAUAUUGCAUAUUAAUGUGUUGUACAUAUUUGUUUUGGAGAGAAUACCAAGAUGCAGGGGGGCUGUGUAUUUUAGGACUUUGUGCUGGGGGUUGGGGGGGCUGUGUUUCAUU